CCCUGCUUCCAGCUGGACGACUUCAUCUCCUCUGGUCGACAGCCCUCCAUCGUCCCGGACAUGAUAACCACCCUUGCUGAUUGGAUGGUUGAAGUGCAGGAGAACUUUGCAUUCAACCAUGAAACCAUCCAUCUCGCUUGGGGUCUCUUAUACUCCUGUCUGAGUCAUUGUCCACCUGUCGCCAGACGAGAAAUCCAGCUGAUGGCCUGUGCGGCUAUCAUGGUGGCCUGCAAGCACGAAGAACGACAAAUGCCUAAAAUGAAUGAUUUCCUCUACAUAACUGACAACGCCUACACCAAGGAAGAAUUUAUCGAGGCGGAGCAGCGUCUCCUAGUGUCCAUUGAUUUCAACGUCCAUCGGCCGAACCCCUACGUCUUUCUACGGCGGUAUGCCCGGGUAGAUAUUCCUCACUUUAACCCUUUGUGCGCACAGGUGCUGGACGCACACAACAGCAUGAUACAGUUCAUGUCACGGUUCCUCCUGGAGGCUGGAAUGCACAGUCACAGCAUCAGCCUCUACCGAGAAUCCAGAAAAGCGGCUGCCGUCCUCUGGCUGGCUCGACGCGUGCUUCGCAACCCCACCUACACAGAUUGGUUACGGAGACCUGAGAUAUGUCACCUCCAUCGCCUGCUCAAGGCAGACCCCCGUCUGCAGGCCUUUUAUCGUAGCUGUGCCACU